UGACAAUAAUUGGUUUGUCUAAGCUAAGGAAUUUAAACAUUCGCACAAGCUGUCUCUUGAUGGUGAACGUGCAUCCUUCCUCGCACUCUCUGCCUCGUGAGCCAGUCCCAGCCAAUAGCGUGGCUUCGUUUCUGUGCUCUUCCUGAUUCACGCUCACUUAUCAGCGAUUCGGAAGCGUCACGAGCGCCUUCUCUGCCUACCCGCACGAGAGAGAGACAGCACCUUCCUUGCACACAGUUAGGCCCGGAAAAGAACCAGAACCAUGUCGAUCCUGAAGAUUCACGCUCGUGAGAUUUUUGACUCCCGUGGCAACCCCACCGUGGAGGUUGAUCUCUACACCAAGAAAGGUCUUUUCAGAGCUGCAGUGCCCAGCGGGGCCUCCACAGGCAUCUAUGAGGCCCUGGAGCUCCGUGACAAUGACAAAACACGCUACAUGGGCAAAGGAGUCAAAAGAGCAGUUAAAUAUGUUAAUGAAUUCUUGGCCCCUGCUUUGUGUAACCAGAAUGUGAGCGUUAUUGAGCAGGAAAAGAUCGACCAGCUGAUGCUGGACAUGGAUGGCACAGAAAACAAGUCUAAGUUUGGUGCUAAUGCCAUCCUGGGCGUCUCCCUGGCUGUGUGCAAGGCCGGUGCAGCAGAGAAGGGCGUUCCCCUCUACCGCCACAUCGCUGACCUUGCUGGAAACCCUGAAGUCAUCCUCCCUGUCCCUGCUUUCAACGUCAUCAAUGGCGGCUCCCAUGCAGGCAACAAGCUGGCCAUGCAGGAGUUCAUGAUCCUGCCGGUUGGAGCCAGCACCUUCAAGGAGGCAAUGCGUAUUGGUGCCGAGGUCUACCACAACCUGAAGAACGUCAUCAAGGAGAAGUAUGGCAAGGACGCCACUAAUGUAGGAGAUGAGGGAGGCUUCGCCCCCAACAUCCUUGAGAACAAGGAAGCUCUGGAGCUUCUGAAGAAUGCCAUCGCCAAGGCCGGCUACACCGACAAGAUCGUGAUUGGCAUGGAUGUGGCUGCCUCUGAGUUCUACAAGGGUGGAAAAUACGACCUGGACUUCAAGUCACCCGAUGACCCCAGCCGCUACAUCACCCCCGAUCAGCUGGCCGACCUCUACAGGAGCUUUGUCAAAGAUUACCCCGUGGUGUCCAUUGAGGACCCCUUUGACCAGGAUGACUGGCAGGCGUGGAGCAAUUUCACAGCCAGCACCAGCAUCCAGGUGGUGGGCGAUGACCUCACCGUCACCAACCCCAAACGCAUCGCAAAGGGUGUGGCUGAAAAGUCCUGCAACUGCCUGCUGCUGAAGGUCAACCAGAUUGGUUCCGUCACAGAGUCCCUGCAGGCCUGCAAGAUGGCUCAGAGCAACGGCUGGGGCGUGAUGGUCAGCCAUCGCUCUGGAGAGACAGAGGACACCUUCAUCGCUGACCUGGUGGUCGGACUCUGCACUGGACAGAUCAAGACCGGUGCACCUUGCCGAUCUGAGCGCUUGGCCAAGUACAACCAGCUGCUCAGGAUUGAAGAGGAGCUCGGAGACAAGGCCCGUUUCGCCGGCCAGAACUUCAGGCACCCCAUCUGAGCUGGUCUAAGUCGCUGUGUGUCCACUGCUCAUGAAUAAUCCCAACACAUAAACGCCACGCUAGGUCGCCUGCCCUGUCUGGAGAGAAGAUUGAGAGAUUACUGCUGAAAUCCAAGGUCCAAGUCUGUGGUCUGUAGCGUGGAGAAGCCUGAGCUCAACCACAGCUCAGCUCAUACUCACACUGCGCUUUAUCUCCUGAAUAGUGUUGGUCCUAUGUUUGUGUCUGUGUAACUGUGUGAGAGACUUUGGUUUAGCUUCUUGUGAGUUGUAGUGAUUUUUGGUCCUCUGCUGAGUAAUUGAGCUACUGUAACUGUAGUAUGUCUCUGCCUCGAGCAGUAGUGACAGUAUUGUAUGUGCAAUGUAUCGCAAUCUAAAAAGGUUUUGUGUUGCUGUAAGCGUUGGCGUAAAUGUGUAAUAAACAACAUAGUUUGAAACAUU